GCUACGUACUGAUUGACCAAGACUGAAUUUUGUACCUCCUCCAGAAGGCAGAAUGUGAAGACUUUAUUUGCUCAAGCCGCAUGUUCUGAGACUUGGGAAGGGGUAGUUUCCUAAAGAAAACUUGGGGUGCUUUUACUAGAAGAGGGUUUGUUUGCUAGCACUGAAAGUAAAAAAACAACCAAGCACCAGUUUCCUGCUAAGGCCUCACAUUUACUAAGGUGAGAUGCCAAGUUAACAUCGGCUGAGCACCCACUCUGUGCUGUGCCCUGGAAUUUUCUCAGCCUUGCUGGGAGCCCCGAGCAAGCUUAAGAGCUCCUUCUGCAGCUCUUCUGACUGGUUCCUCGGUUUCCUUGCAAAAAGGGCUCUCUGGCUUGACUACCCCCUACUUCCCACUCCUGAGCAAGGCAGAGCAGGGUCUCUAACCUCAGCUUAAACUCCCAGGCUGCACCCUCAGACACUUCUACAGCGGAGCCUCCAGUCUCCAGCUGGCAGCUGCUAGGACCCAGGGGGCUGGCACUGGGCCCUACCCCUCCUUUACUAGCUCUGUGUGUCUCCGAAGGGCAGCAUCAGAGUGACAGCCGGUACCAUCUCCGUAGAGGCUGAGUUGCUGAAGCUGGGCUGGUGGGGCAAGGGGAGAAAGCCGAGACAGGCUCAGCCUUGCAUCUACCUACAGGGCCCACGAAUCCCACAAGAAGAUGGCAACCUGGGCGUCGAAGUCACCUCCUGGGCAGCCUAUGAGGUGAGGGGCCAGGUGAUGGGAAUCCUGAAAGCUGGCGGCUCCAUUUCGCUCUCGGCCUAGCAGCCCCCGUGAGGCCUGAGCGCACAGACAGAUGGCUAACAUCACAGGGUUCAGCGCCACCGAACUCGCGGGCUCGGUGGGUUUGAUCCUGGCCGUUCUCGUAGAAGUGGGAGCCCUGCUGGGCAACAGCGCGCUGCUGGUGGUGGUGCUACGCACGCCAGGACUGCAAGAUGCGUUCUACCUGGCGCACUUGUGCGUCGUGGACCUGCUGGCGGCCGCCUCCAUCAUGCCUCUGGGCCUGCUGGCUGCACCGCCGCCUGGACUGGGCCGCGUGCGCCUGGACCCCGCAUCAUGCCGCGCCGCACGCUUCCUCUCGGCAGCGCUGCUCCCGGCCUGCACCCUUGGCGUGGCCGCGCUCGGCAUGGCGCGCUACCGCCUCAUUGUGCACCCGCUGCGGCCAGGCGCGCGACCCGCGCCGGCGCUCGUGCUCACCGUGGUGUGGGCUGCGGCCGCGCUGCUCGGCGCGCUCUCCUUGCUCGGGCCGCCGCCUGCGCCGCCCCCGGCCCCGGCUCGCUGCUCUGUCCUGGCCGGGGGGCUCGGACCCUUCCGGCCGCUCUGGGCGCUGCUGGCUUUCGCGCUGCCCGCCCUCCUGCUGCUCGGCGCCUACGGGAGCAUCUUCCUGGUGGCGCGUCGCGCAGCCCUGCGGCCCCCGCGCGGGACCCGGCUCCGUUCUGACUCUCUGGACAGCCGCCUCUCCUUCUUGCCACCCCUCCGACCUCAUCUGCCCGGGGGCAAGGCGGCCCUGGCCCCGGCCCUGGCCAUAGGCCAGUUUGCAGCCUGCUGGCUGCCUUAUGGCUGCGCGUGCCUGGCGCCCGCGGCGCGCGCUGCAGCUGCCGAGGCGGCUGUCACCUGGGUAGCCUACUCCGCCUUCGCAGCUCACCCCUUCCUGUACGGCCUGCUGCAGCGCCCCGUACGCUUGGCGCUGGGCCGCCUCACCCGCCGAGCGCUCCCUCGGCCCCCGAAAGCCUGCACGUCGCAGGCCUGGCGCCCGCGGGCACUCCUCCAGCGCCUCCAGAGACCCCCCAAGGACCCUGCCCUAGAUCCUUCUCAGGCACCAGAAAAGCCCCUAGAACUGGCAGGACAGAGCCCGAGUGUGUCAGAUGCCACCUGAGAGCUUUCUGAGCUGGAGAAAGGAGGGUGGGAUCAGAGGGGACCCAUCGGUGCACUGGUCGAGGUAGGUACCCUGCCUCUGUUGGCUCUGGAACAAAAGAGAGGGUGUUAUCCAGCCGGGUGAGGAUCAGAGGUUUCUCAGGAACCCCAAAUUCUAGGCCCAACACUAUCUGUGU